AUGGAUAAAGAAACAUCGCUCCAAGAAUUCAAGAGAGUGUGCAUACACAAGUCUUCUUCACGUUCUUCGUUGCAAGAUUUACCAGAAGAACUCAUCCAGAAUAUUCUUCUUAGGGUUUCAAUCAAAACCCUUCUGCAACUCAAGCUUCUCUGCAAAUCAUGGAACUCCAUCAUCUCCCACCCGCAAUUCGCCAAACACCACCUUCUUGCCUCAACCACCCACCACCAAUUUCUCUCUUCCGCAACCGCCGCCGCCGACACCAAAAUCCACAUUUUCUCCAUCAACUCCUUCUUCCAGAAACCACCAACCCCUUUAGGAUUCUGCACCAUCACUGCCCACAACCUCAUUCUAGGUUCCUGCAAUGGCAUAGUGUGUCUCUGUCACGUUCACCAGUGUCACAUCACCUUGUUCAACCCUUCCACCGGAUUCGCAUCCCCACCAUUGCCAACACAUUUAUCCCCCGGCGAGGUUUUCAGCACUUUCCAUGGCUUUGGCUACGAUCACGUGAAUGACAAGUACAAGGUGUUACUAGUCACCAGAGUUUUCAGUGAAACUGUGACCAAAGUUUACACCUUUGGUGAAAAUUGUCGCAUUAGGGUUGUUGAGAAUGCCCCAUUAGAUCCUCAUCCAAGUGGGUUUCUGGGAAAAUGCGUGAGUGGCACUCUGAACUGGAUGGCACCAAAACUAGGUCAAAACGAUAGCAUUGAUCAAUGGGUCAUUCUUUCGUUUGAUUUGGCAUCUGAGACAUUCAGUGAAGUGAUGCUGCCAGACAGAAACAUUGACAACAACAUUUGCAAGCCUAUGAUAAACGUGGUGCGUAGCUGUCUCUGUGUUUGUUUCUUUGAGCGCAAGAAAGGUUGUUGGGGUGUUUGGGUGAUGAAAGAGUAUGGUGUCCAAGAUUCUUGGACCAUGUUGAUGAUGGUUCCUCGCUUUGUUACAGAUCAUUGGCCAUGCACUCGCAAUGAGCUUUGUGCUUGCAGAGGGUGUCCACCACUUGAUCCUCUGUGUGUUUCAGAAGAUGGUGUUGCUCUCUUCAAAACCACAUCUUCUAAGCUCCUUCUCUAUCACUCAAAACAUGGUACCUUUAAUUGUUUUAGGUUUAGGGGUGACAUCUGGAGUUACCAUGAAAGUUUGGUUUCACCAUCAUCAUAA